UAAAAUUCCUCGGCCGUGGACACUAAAUUAAUUCAUGCGUCCUCAUCAUACCAUCCCCUCACGCACGACGCCGGCUGGAUCGCCCUUUUCUGGUCUCGCUGCACCCGCGGCUCUCCAGAGCGCAUUUUGCGCAUUCCUUCAUUCGCAAUGAGCCUCUUCGCCUGUCCCAAUUCGUCCAGGCUCUGGCUCAAGACUGCCCUCCGUGGCGUGAGUUCCAGAGCGGCAACGGCCAUUCCUGCUUCUACUACACAACCGUUUUCGCCCGUCCGAUGCCUCUCUGGCUGCGCGCCCAGAACCCGACAGGGCCUGUCGCCGUCCCCUUCGAGGUGUCGAAACACCGUAUUUGCGCCAAGUUAUCCCUCCGUGGCCCGGCGGACCAUCUUCUCCGAUAAGACGAUUCGAAAGUACGAGGACCUGCCCAAGGACUACCGGGACCAGGUCGGCAUUUCGUUUCGGAGCCUCGAUUUGACCGACUCUGAAGUGCUGAAGGUCUUUGGCCGGGGCAUCAAUUCCAGGAGAGCCAACCAUCUGCUUCGAAUUCUCCACGGCCGCCGAGUCGCCGGCACUCUCGAGGACCCGGUCUUUGCCGUCCACACGGCGCAGUACACCAAGGACCAGAUCGCCAAGGCCCUGAUUUACCUGCGAAAAUCGAUACCCGUCGAUGAGAUCAUGAACGCCGGCCUGCGAGCUGAGGACGAGCUGGCACAGAUUGAACAAGACAUGGAGGCGGCGGAGGAGAAGAAGAGCGCAAAGGCCGCCGCAAAGGAGGAGGAACCCCCCGCCAAGACCUACGUGCCUGACCCUGUGUACGGCCACAGCAAGCUUGACGAGAUGCGGUCGCGGAAUAUUGCCAAGCGGAAGGCCAAGGAGCACGCUGAGAAAGAGGAGCGCAGAGCGGCUGAGGCACGGGGAGAGGUGGCGGCUGGCCCGCUCGCAAACGUCGGCAAACAAGAGCGACAGAUCGAGAACCCCAAGAUUGCCGAGUAUCACAAGAAGGCGCAGUCGGAUCUGGACGCACCCCCGGAGCUCAAGCCUUGGGAGCGCAUUCUUCCAUCCGCUACCGUCGUCGGCCUGGUCCUCGGUCUUCUCGCUUCUCUGGCCAUGAUUUACGAAGAACCUGAAGCUCGAUACCGAAUCUUCCCCGAUAUUUCGACUGCGCAUGCAACUCUGGGCGCCAUUGUUGCUCUCAACGUCCUUGCUUUUGUCGGAUGGAAGGUCCCUCCACUGUGGUCAUUCUUCAACCGCUACAUGCUCUUCGUCGUGGCUACUGUCAAGCCCGUGACCAUGUUCACCGCUACCUUUUCGCACCAGAAGCUCACCCACCUGAUCAUUAACAUGAUCCCUCUGUGGGUCGUGGGCAGCUUGGUUCACGAGGAGGUCGGUCGGGCCAACUUCCUUGCGCUCUACUUUGGCUGUGGCGCACUCGGAUUUCUGGGCAGCCUGACCACUUAUACGCUUCGUGGGUGGAUGCACCUCUCAUCGCUGGGUGCGUCGGGUGCGGGCCUGGGCUUGUGUGCGGCGUACUUCUGGGAACACCGCACCGAUGGCUUCAAGAUCUUUGGGCUGCCCCAGGAUGGCGUCCACGGCAUCGUGUUCCUGGCGCUCCUCUUUGUGCCACAGCUGGCGGCCUUUGGUAAGACGGCCAAGCUUAAGAUCGACAUUGCAUCCCAUGUGGUCGGCAUGCUGGCGGGCAUCCUCGGUAUCGAGUACAUCAAUAGGGGCAGGCCGGAGCGGGAGAAGAAGGUGAUUGAAUUCGCCCCCCCACAGAAGGCCAUUGACUCUCCAGAAGAGGCAAGCCGCUUAGAUGGCGAGCGAACUAACGACGCAAACUGAUGGAGAAGAGAUGUAUAAUAUGUAAUGUGACCUGACAUACCCGAGAUCUAUAUGGUACCAUUUUGAACAAUGAACAAAGCACCCCUCUGAACAAAUCCCCGUUCCCCUCCUGUUCUUGGCCCAGUACUUCCGAGCCCCGAGCCCCUCACAGUCACGUCACUCUUGUCACACUUAGCGCGAAUUUUUGACGCGGCGCGCGUCUCUCGCGUUAGAUCCCGGUGGGGUGUCUGGAGAUGACCCCUGGCCUUGUGGAGUGAGAUCCCGGGAACGGGCGCCAAGUGGUGCGUUUCCGGGCAACCAGCCGGGUGGAACGAGGUGUAAUGCUAAUAAGAAUAUGCGUUUAUGAGAGCAUCACCGGCAUUCGAUUUACACGGCUGCUGGGGUGAGAUAUGAUUGAGAUCACGG